GCCACAGGUGUGGCCCUAAAAUCCAAAAAAAAAAAGAUGAUUGUGUAAAUCUUUUUAGUAUAAAUGGUCUCGCCCAGUUCUCAUGGCAGCUAUGCAAAGUGGGCGGUAUGUUUUAUAAGGAACAGCUGAGGAAAGGUAAGUGAUUUGGCCAAGGACACCCAGCUAGAAAAAGUUCCCAGUUCUUGCAAAAAUCAGUGUAUUUUCAUAUUUUAUGAAGCCUUUUACUGAGCACCUACUGCAGGCUGGGCCCUUAUACCUUCCUAUAUGUUCCUUCUAUUGACCCAGUAAGUCACUAUUCCAGUUUCGUGUAGGAGGAAGUAGGCCCAGAGGUAACAGAAAAUAAAUAAAGCUGCAGAUGUAGGCUUUAAACUCUAAUUCUCAGGGGUCUCCCUGAGUGGAAUGGGAAAGGCUGUGGUAGACUAGAGAUAGUCAUUCCUGUUUCCUCGUUCAUGGACCUCUCCUUGAGUCUGAAAGUCUGUCUGUUAAGUGAAAAAGAUGGACCUUGCAGUGGUGUGGUCGCAGGAGCAGGAAGGUGGGUCUGUGAUCAGUUCCCUCCCAGCCACAGGCCACAUCCUUGAGUGGCCGUCACCCACUCUAACAUCCUGGUUAAGACUCUCUUAAACAGGACGGGCCUCUGCUAUGGCUCCCUCAGCUCUCCACCUGAGGUGCACCAGGAGUUAAAUCUCAAGCCAGUCUUCCCCAGGAAACAUGGGGAAGCUGAGAGAGCCCAGGUGUGCUCAAGCUGACACGGCCCCAGAUAAGACUGCAUUGUCUGUGAAGUGGUUUUGUGUUAAAAGCAUAUCCCCAGGAUUGGUAAUACCCCCGUAAUAGGGAGACAGCAAAUGGGUGUGGUUAUUUAGAUUCUAAUAAGCUGAGAUUAAUUUUUUGGGGGGUGCACCUGUGGCAUAUGGAAGUUCCCAGGGUAGGGGUUGAAUUGGAACUGCAGCUGCUGGUGUACACCACAGCAAUGCGGGAUCCUUAACCCACUCAGUGAGACCAGGGAUCGAACCCACAUCCUCGUGGACACUAGUUGGGUUCAUUACUGCUGAGCUACAAUGGGAACUCCUGAGAUGUUAUUAAAUUUCAAUUCUAAUUAUUGAUUUAAACACACCAACCAAAGGCAGUUCUGUCAGAGAUUGUGUAUCCUAGCUGAGUGAUUCUCAAGUUGAGGAAUGCAUCAGAAUCACCUGGAGGCCUUGUGAAAUAAACAGGUUGCUGUUCCCCCACCGUGGAGUUUCUGAUUCUGUAGGUCUGAGAUGGGGCCUCAUCAGAGAUGGGAAUUCGCAUGUUUAACAAAUUCUCAGAUGAUGCUGAGGUGCCUGGCCAGGAGACUACACUCGAAGAACCAUUGUCCACAGAGUGUGACCCCAGACCAGCAGCGUGGAUGUGGCCUGGGAGUUGUUAGCGAUGCAGAGUUCAAGACUCUGGACCCAGUGAACUAGAAUCCACUAAUAAGAGCCCCAGGGGAUUCCUAAACACAUUAAAACUUGGGACACAUCACUCCAAGGCAGUUCUUCCUUUUUUUGCCAGUCAAAGGACUCUCAAAGUGCAGGUUCCUAGCCUGCUCCUCUGGUGGCUUGGAUUCGGAAGAUGGGGGAGGACCCCAGGAGUCCACGACUCACAAGACUCUCAGGUGAUUUUUAUGAUCAGAUAAGCAUGGGUAACGCCUGCUCACUUCCCUGGGUUCUGUGCUCCUUGGACCAGACCGUCCUCAGAGCCAGAGAAGAACCUCACCCUCCAGGAUCAUGACGCUGCAGCUGCUUCUCCCCCGCAAACAGGAACUCGGGGAAGGUGGCUCCUCGAUAGUCUGUGAUGCCGUCAGAGGAAGCGGGUGGUUGUGAGAACCACAGAGCCUGCAGAUGUGAGCCAGGAGCUUCAAGGACCCUGCAACAGCUCAGAGAGCCCAGGGCCCACUUCCCGGCCUGGCUGUGGUUGGGUGGGUCGUCCAGUCCGAGGCCUCUCAGGAGCACCAGGCUCCUGUCCCAUCCCAGGGGUACAAAUUGCUGACCACAGGCAGAUGCGGAGCUACCCAACGCAACACGGAGGGCCUGUCCCAGAAGAUUCUCCCCGGACAAGAGGGUUCUUGGUGGCCCAAGACUAAGGACGUUGGGAGACUUCCAGAAAGGGCCCCUAAAGCCCUAACCUCUGCAGCUAAAGCAUGCAUCUUAGCCGAGCCCCUGCCCCAAGCCUCUGAUGUCAGGAAACCAGUCCUGGACUUGUCCCAGUAUCAUCCCAGAUUCACAGAAGGGACUUGAAGCUGCAUUUGCUGCUUGGGGUCACACAGCUCGAGCUCGGUUGGUCCGACUUAAUCUCUCGUGCUGCCCAGGAAUGAUCUCCUAGGAACUUUCUGGACCUGUGUCUGCACAGUUCAGCAUAGAGCCUGUACCUAAUACCCAAGGGAGAAGGAAAGGCUGGGGACCAGCAGAUUUCUCUUGGCAAUGUGCUUCUGAGUGCUCUGCUGAGGAACCAUGGGAAGUCAGCCCAGCAGGGGGAAAACCCUGCCAAGCCCAAGCUUGAGCCCCUCCGUGCCAGACCAGGGUCCUGAGCCUGUGCAAGCAGAAAGGAGCAAGCCCUCAGCGGUGGCCUUGGGCAGUUUCCCGGUAGGCGAGCAGGAGGAGCUGUCACUGAGGCUGGGGGAGCCAUUGACCAUCGUCUCUGAGGAUGGAGACUGGUGGACAGUGCUGUCAGAAGUCUCAGGCCGAGAGUACAGCAUCCCCAGCACCCAUGUGGCCAAAGUCUCCCAUGGGUGGCUGUAUGAGGGCCUGAGCCGGGAUAAAGCAGAGGAACUGCUGCUGCUGCCUGGAAACCCUGGAGGGGCCUUCCUCAUCCGGGAGAGCCAGACCAGGAGAGGCUGUUACUCCCUGUCGGUCCGCCUCAGCCGCCCUGCAUCCUGGGACCGGAUCAGACACUACAGAAUCCAUCGCCUUGACAACGGCUGGCUGUACAUCUCACCACGCCUCACCUUCCCCUCACUCCAGGCCCUGGUGGACCAUUACUCCGGAACCCUGUGCCCUGCAGAAGGCCAGCCCACUCCCUGGCAAGGCCAUACCCCUACCCGUGACUGUGCAGACGACACCACUCAAUUGGAAAGAGCUGGACAGCUCUUUCCUGUUCUCUGAAGCAUCUGCCACAGGGGAGGAGUCUCUCCUCAGUGAGGGGCUCCGGGAGGCCCUUAGCUCCUACAUCAGCCUGACUGAUGACAUCUCCUUGGAUGAUGCCAAGGUCCAAAGCAGAGGCCGAAAGGGGAACCAAGGCUGCAGCACCUAGAACCCCAACUCAGCUCAGCCUGACAGCACCCCAGAGGCAAGGCUGCACAGAGUGAGGGAAGGGCUGGGAUACAGAGGCACAUCCAGGGUCCCACCUGCAUCCUCUGUUCCUUCCUCUCUCAGCCGUAAGAAGUCACUGAACCUCCUCCCAGUGCCAUGACCCCACCUACAACCUCUAGUUCAAGUACAGACCAGCUGAGAACAGGGCCAGGACUCCAAAAAGAGAAUAAAUGUUGCCUGGGAUCUGACCCAGUCAGUUCUUGAAUUUGGGAUUUCCAGUACCAUCUUGCGCCCCUUGCCUGUCAAGUGCCAUUCUAGAUCCCCACAGCCCUGACCACGAGAUAGAGAACCACCACUAACAUCAAGGAGAAAAAAUCACUUAAAACUUUCCAGUCUCACUCAGAAUGCCACCACACCUUAGAAGGUAGACCUACAGCCUAGAAGGGACAGAAAGCAGAGGGGAUGGCUGGCUUACCACAGCAGUAGGACCUGGACUGUCCAGCUUCCACCUGACCACCAGAGCAAAGAAUAGGACCUCUGACAGUCCAGAUCCUCCAUGUCCCCACUAAGUUUCUUCUCUCGACAGUCCUAGCACUCAGAUCUCUUUCACGUGAACCUGGCUAAGCUUUCCUAGGUACAACAACCUUGCCAUCUUGUGGCCGAGAUGCCAAAUGAAAUUGAGCCUAGCCUGCUGCAGUAAGAUCAGCCAUAUCACUCACUGCUGGGCAGGGGUAUCAGGGCAUCAGAAGGUAGUCAGCCUCUCUCCAGAGAGUCAAGGCCACAGAUUAUACCAACUCCAGCCCUUGAUAUCCCAUCUGCCCACUAAGGGAAAGCAGCCCGGCUGGAGCUGCUAAGGAAGCAGGGAGAGGAGGAAGAGGAGGGGGAUGGAAGGAUACCACCUCUAUUGUUCCUAUUGGCUUCUGGGCCUAGAGGUGAGGGAGGAAAAGGCUUUACCAGGUAUUAUCAACAGGGUCUCAAAGAUCUGAUUUGUUAAAGUAUCUGAAAACAUCCUACAAUGGAAACUUAUUAGAUGCUGCUUGUACUGUGCUAUGAACCAUGUACAUACUGCCACACUGUUUUCAGAAGACUGGAAACGCCAAUGAUUGAUAGUUUAAAAACUGUACACCUGAUGGAGAAGAAAGACAAUUUAAUGUUUCAUCCAGAUCCAGAGAUGCAUCAAAUUAAAGGACAGCUCCAAUCGGCAAAUAGGUGUUUCAUGAUGGUAUCCAAGAAGAAACGGUUGGUGAUGGACAAUUCAGAAAUGCUUCUCCAAAAGGUGGAUGUUUCUUUAAAAAGUUUCAGGUCACAACCCCUGCAGAAAACACUGACGCCCAACACUGAUUUCUCAGUCCAGGAAACAUGAGUCUUCCAGGUUCCACAUGGCUGGGGUGCCCCUAACAAUCAUGUUUCUGUGCUGUAACUAAGAGGGUCUUUCGGACCAGACAGGGAGCAGGUGGGGGCUGUACCGUCAGUCAUAGUGGAUGGCAGUGUAAAAGAUGAUCCAAAUGACCUAGAGAGGAAACAGGCAAUGUUCAGAGGUACCCUCAGCAACAGGGUCGACACUGACUCCUAAUCCACAAAACAAAAAUGUUCUAAGACUGGGUGCCACAGCGGGCUUCCCAAUGCAUAAUCUGCCUGAGGGCUUACAUAAUUUCACCGAAAUCAAGCUGUCUCUAAUACAGCCAAGGACCCCCUUCCUAUGCACCUAAAGGGACACUAAAAAAGUCUCUCUCCCUGCCAAACAGCAACCAGAGUGCAGGGGCUUAGAGGUACAGAUGUGGAAAUGAUAUAGGUAAGCAAACUGCUGCUACUGAGUGUCAGGAUUAUGGCAACAAAUGUAAACACAAAACCACUGCCACACCCUGUCAGUUUCCUAUCAAAGCAGAGGUUCUCAAACCUGGCUGUCCUUUGCAACAUUGUGGGACCUUUAAAAUAUAUGAAUAGAUGCCCACGCGCCUAGAGAAACCUCCCAGAGAUUUUGACUUUACUGGUUUGGGCGAGGAUCUAUACCUUACAAAAAUAACUGAUACACAAUCCAUGUUCCAUAAAGUUCAAUCUUUUAUUUACUUAUUUAUUUUUGUCUUUUUGCCUUUUCUAGGGCCGCUCCUGUGGCACAUGGAGGUUCCCAGGCUAGGGGCUGAAUUGGAGCUGUAGCCGCUGGCCAACGCCAGCAGCCACAGCAACUCGGGAUCCGAGCCGCAUCUGCAACCCACACCACGGCUCACGGUAACGCUGGAUCCCCAACCCACUGAGCGAGGCCAGAGAUCGAACCCAAAACCUCAUGGUUCCUAGUCAGAUUCGUUAACCACUGAGCCACGAUGGGAACUCCAAAGAGGUUUUUAGUCUUCACAGAGCUGUGCAAACAUUUUCGAGCAUUUUCAUCACCCUCAAAACAAAAGCUGUUCCCAUUAUCAGUUAACUCCCAUUUCCCCUCCAGCCCUGACCACUAGCAACCACUAAUCUGCUUUUUAUCCAUAUAGAGUUGCCCAUUCUGGACAUUUCACAUAAAAAGAAUCACACAAUAUGUAGUCUUUUGUGUCUGGCUUCUUUCAUUUGGCCUGUUUUCCAGGUUCAUCCAUGUUGUAGCAUGUGCCAGUACUUUAUGCCUCUUUAUGGCCAGAUUGUCUACUGUAUGGGUAUAUAGCAUUUCAUCUAGCCAUUCAUCAGAUGAUGGUUGUUUACAUUUUUGUGGCUAUUAUGAAUAAUUUUAUGAAUAUAUUUUUAUUUUUAUUAUUUUUGGCUGCACCUACAGCACAUGGAAGUUCCCAGGCCAGGCACUGAACCUGCACCAUGGCUGUGACCCAAACCAUCUGACAACAGCAGAUCCUUAACUGGCUGAGUCACAAUAGGAACUCCUCAACCCAGUUUUUUGUGUCUUUUUAGGGCCGCACUGCAGCCUAUAGAGGUUCCCAGGCUAGGGGUCAAUCAGAGCUGUAGCUGCUGGACUACACUGAAGCCAUGGCAACGCAGGACCCAAACUACAUCUGCGACCUACACCACAGCUCAUGGCGACACCGAUCCUUAAACCCACUGAGAAGGGACAGGGAUCGAACCCAUGUCCUCAUGGAUACUGGUUGGGUUUGUUACUGCUGAGCCGCAACAAGAACUCCUCCCAGUUUUUAAUAUGCAGCCAGAGUGUAAAAGCUGACAGUGAGCCCUGGAUUUACACACCACAGGGAGACUACACAGUGUAUCACACCACAUCUUUUGGGACAAUGUAACUAGAGAAAGGACAUGCCCUCUAGCCUCAGGACUCUUAAAGAAUGGCACCCAAAUCACACAGUGUCACUCAAAUCAAGUGUACUCCCCUUGAGUAACUGAUAUCUCAUGAAAUGACAAAACUUGCUGUAAAAUUAUCAGCUACACAUACCAUGAACAAGGCAAAUGACGUCAUAAACCCUUCUUUCGUGAGCUCCCAUGUGCCACCAUAUUCUUCCUCAUCUAUCUGUAGGUAGUUGCUGAAGUAGAGGUACAGGACACCUGCAUUGAUCAGGCAGAAUCUGGAGCAAGGGAGGACAAGCACCAAACAUAAACCAUAAGCGCAGAAGACCCACAACUCCCACCAACAUGGUCCAGUCAUGUCAGGACACUCACUGUUGCACAGAAAAUGCCUAGGCCCUCAAUGGAGCUGCCCACUUGGUUGUGUUAGAGACUUUAAAAAGGAGCAACUCUUUUUAGUUGAUUAACAAACCAAAAAAAAAAGUUAAAGCACACACAGGUUCUCCAAGCCCCCUUGAAGUACGACAGAAUGGCUGCUGAGGAAUCCCAAACUGGACCAAUACCUGACAUCACCUCAAGGUGGCUCCAGCUGGGAUGGGGGGUGGCCACGGGAAAAACACAUGUUAAGUGGCUGCUUUACGGCCCAGUUGAGCAAGUGAGGGCCUGGUAAAGCAGCCCCCCGCCCCCAUUAUUCCCAAUGGGAGACAAGUCCUGCAUGUCCAUUGACUGCUAAAGCACUUGAACUGAAAUCAGAGGCUUAUGAGCACCUCCGGGGAGGUCUCUGUCCCCUAUCCUGUAUGAUUUAGCUGUGCAGGAAUCAGAAUACUGUGAACUCCUCUACUGACCUCUUGGUACUGUCAUUGUGUAAAAGUAAUAUUCAAAAAGUGAUUAAAACUUGAUGAUCUCUCCA